CGACUUGUACUGGUUUUCGUAGGUGGAUUGUACCGGUUAUAUUUCCUUAGCAAAUCUCCGUGCUGUGAAUUUUAUCGAAUCUUUAACUGAUCAUAGUCAAAAUGACCUCAAAGAAAUUUGUUGUUGUUGAGUGGGUAAACAACGCGGAGGAUCGUCGCGAGUUUACGGUUUUAAGGGGAAGUGAUAUCAUCCCUAAGACAGGCGAAGUUUUGCGCCAGGGUUGUGUGGUAUCUGUUGUAUACAGAGAGAAGGCAGCAGACACACCAAGACUUUACGAUGCAGAAGUGUUACAAAUCUUCGACUCACAGCGCAAGGCAAAGCAGUUCGAAAACGAGCUGCUUGAGCGAGGCAACGACAGCGACCAAGAAACACCGCGACCAAAAAAACGCAAGCCGUGUCAGAAGGUGGUAGAAGCCGCAAGCUUAAAUGACGAAACAAGCGGAGGAAAGCAUGCCAAUAAAAGACCAAAAAGCAACAAGUCAAAGUCGGGAGACGUUCGAACACCCAAACCUAAGGAACUGCAAAAUACUGUACAAGGCGAAAAGAUAAGAAAUAUAAUGAGCAGGAGAAGGUUCCCAGAGGAUGACCUCGAGGUUUCCAGUGUUUCGGCCUCUGCCUCAUCAUCCACUUCACGCCCCAUUAAUGCUUUACAACCGCUUAAACCCCCAUCUAAUACUCCACAACAACUCACAACCCCUCCGCAUCAAUCUAACCCCCACGACCACUCACACCCCCUUCGCGUCAAUCUAAUAACCCACGACCACACACACCUCCUUCUUGUCAAUCUAAUACCCCACGACCAAUCACACCCCCUCCGCGUCAAUCUAAUACUACACAACCACCAGCAUAUCCUCCGCGUCAAUCUUAUGCCUUACAACAAACCACACCGCUACACACUUCACAACCACUCCGGCCCACUCCACGUCGUCCAUCAGACACCCCACAACCAUUCACACCCCCUCCACGCCCAUUUGAUGACUUGCGUCCACUUUCAUCCACUCCACGCCAAUCCACAACCAGACCAAAGUUUACUCCGUUCACACACACUACCACGUCACAGUCUACUUCAUCUUAUUCUUUGCAAGCCACUAAUACUUUAAUGCGUACAGCACUUAAUGCAUCUAAUAAUUGGCAAGUCAAUUAUUCAAUAACUGACGAUUCUAACCUAUCACUCGAAUACGACACUCCUGAUCCAUUAAUUACUAACUCCUUUCCCAGUUAUUCCGCUAUGUUGGAAGAUGAGCCACCCAACAACUGGGAAACAUUCGCUCAUAGCACUACUUCUGCCAUCCAAGACCUCAAGGCAGAGGUCGAAACACUUAAACAAGAGGUCAAAAACCU